UUCCAGCGGCUUAGCUGGAGAACAGUCGGAUAGCAACGGGAAGACCAGGCAUCAACAGAAACAACGGCACAGUGGUCAAAGGGGACAGCUUUCGCCUUGAUCUUUUCUCUGAGGUGGUUAAACCCAGUUUGGUUCUGAAUCAUUAAACACCAACAUAAAGGCACUGCAGGAGGAUGGCGGUGAAUGUCUACUCCACUUCUAUGAAUGCUGAUAACCUGAGUCGCCAUGACAUGCUGGCAUGGGUCAACGACUCUCUACAGCUCACCUACACAAAGAUUGAGCAGCUCUGUUCAGGUGCUGCCUACUGCCAAUUCAUGGACAUGUUGUUUCCUGGGUGCAUAUUGUUGAAAAAAGUCAAGUUUAACGCCAAACUGGAACACGAAUACAUUCACAACUUUAAGGUUUUACAGGCUGCGUUCAAGAGAAUGAAUGUUGACAAGAUCAUCCCUGUGGAGAGGCUGGUGAAGGGGAAGUUCCAGGACAACUUUGAGUUCCUUCAGUGGUUUAAGAGAUUUUUUGACGCCAACUACGAUGGGAAAGAGUACGACCCUCUACUGAUGAGACAGGGUCAGGAAGGAACGCCACCUCUGCCAAACCCAGGUCCGAUGAGGACGUCUCCCACUGCCCCGAAGACCGUCCCUGUUCCACAGAGACAGAUCAACCCACCAACAACUCGCAGGAACAACCCGGUUACCCGCAACGGAGGAGACGCAGAGCUCCUAGAACUCAACCAGCAGAUCAUGGAUAUGAAACUGACUAUAGAAGGGCUGGAGAAGGAGAGGGACUUCUACUUCGGCAAACUAAGAGACAUUGAGCUCAUCUGUCAAGAAAAUGAAAACAACCCAGUUCUGGGGAAAAUCAUUGACAUACUGUACGCUACAGAGGAAGGAUUUGCACCUCCCGAAGAAGAUGACAUUGAUGAAGGAGCACGAGAUCAGGAGGAGUUUUGAAUUCUUCCUCUUUUUCACCUCCAUCUCUCACCUCUCAUACUUUAAUCAGACCAUUGAGUCUUUUUAAUUUUUUUGCCUGGUUUUACCUUCCUAAGUUAACUUAAAAAAUUUUCGACUUCUUCCAUCUCAUUCACGGCUUCACAUGUCCACGACGACUUUCUUGGACAGGCUAGGACUUUGACUGGCAGAGAACACUAACCUAGGUGUGUCUGGAUAAGGGCCCGGCAGCCUGGCUUGGCUUGACUGACUAAUUCUAACCCGUUUUAGAGGGGGCAGUUGGACUGCACAGUGAGUUCAGUCUGUCACUUGUUCAGAGAUAACAGCGAUGGGAUUUUAAAACUGCAGCACUGGAGCCAGCAGUGCUUUAAAUCUGUCUGUGAGGAGAAAAGAAGCCUCCUCACACCAAGAGGUUUUACAUAAAACACUAGAAAUGUUUUACAAGCAUUUUGAUUGUCUUUUUGUUGUUUUUUUUUCAAGUUGAGAUUAUAAAUGAUCUUUUGCCUUUUAGGAGUAAGGCCUGCAAAAUGGAAAUAUUUUGAUUAUAUGCUAAACAGUGAAUGAUUAGCUCAACAAACAUAUCACAGACUGAACAGUACGUAUGUACGCACUUAAAGCAGCUCAUCGCCCUGAGGAAAAAACAUUACCGAUGUUUUCAGGUUCAUCAAGUUGCUCAUCAAACUGUUCUGACAGCUUGUUAGGUGACAGCAUGGUGUAUUUAUGUUUCUAUUUAUUUAUUGAUAAUAUGCUCUGUACAGUUUCUGGAAAAAAGAAAAAUAUGGUUUGGAUUUGGAGAGAUUGACAGUCUUGCACUAUAUGUAGCAAAACAAACUGGCUGAAAUGAUCCAAAAUGCCAACAAGCAGUGAUUGGCUGCUGCUCCCAGGAGGAUACAGGAAGAUGCAAUUUUAUAUUUUUUAGAUUUAUUUUAAAGACAUGUUUUUGUUUUUUAUGCAUUGAAUCCCUCAGUGCCCAAGUCGUGGACGUCUUUUAAUUUCUCAAACAACCAUCAGGCUGUAAAAUAUAAAUUUACAAACACUGCAGACCAACGCUACUAAAUACUAAUGUUUAUUUAGUUAAACAUUUUAGCUGCUACCAUUAUUCCUCUGUUGCCGCUUUCAAGUUUUCAUAUGUUGCAAAGCGUUAAAACACCGCCAUGGCUGCCAAGAAAAAAAGGCUUGGUUUGUUGUGAUUAAUACCCAGGAUGAGCAUGACUGACAUUAGUGGGAGCAGUCAGAGAGUAGGAAACAUCCAACACUCUCUUGCUGUUUUUUUGUUGUUGUUUUUUUUUUUUCGACCAUGGUAGCCAUAUGAUCAACUUGCAUCAUUUGGAGUUACUGCUGGAAUGAAAUAAAGCUCUGAGGAUCAAGAAAC